GAGAACGUCUCCAUUCAGCAGAGCAAAUAUGCAGUGGGAUCUGCUUUUGCUAAUUUGGAUAGGUAAUUGUUGUUUGAUAGUCUGUCAGCUCUAUGAGUAUCACUACAUUAAUGAGGAAAAGACCUGGACUGAAGCUCAGCAGUACUGCAGAGAGAAUCACACUGACCUGGCCACAGUGUCUAACAUGGCAGACAUGAAGAGACUCCUCAGUCACUCAGCAGGAAACAUGAAGGAAGCUUGGAUUGGUCUGUAUGAUCAAGCAGAUGCUACCAGAAUAUGGCACUGGUCUCUGCCUGGAGUGGAGUUUAAUGAAAGUAACCAGCCAUGGAGGGAAAACCAGCCAAAUGACUAUGGGGGCUUGCAGAACUGUGGAAUCAUAUGGAAGAACCUGAAGUGGGGAGACAUCUCCUGUAGCAAAAAACAAGAAUUUCUCUGCUUUGAUGAUAAUAACUCAACAAAGAAAUUCCACCUGAUUCAAGACAAGAAAAACUGGACUGUAGCUCAGAGUUACUGCCGGGAAAAACACACAGACCUGGCCAGUGGACUGACACAGCUACAGGAUGAGGAGCUAAGGAAAGAACUAAGUCCUCUUAACAAUGAAACAUACUCUUUAACAGGUCUGUUCAGAGACACCUGGAGGUGGUCAGAUGGAAGCAGUUUCUCUUUCAGACACUGGAACCUACAGUUUGACAGUGAGCAACACAACAGUGGUCAAUGUGCCAUGACUGUGUUUGAUGAUGGAGGCAGAUGGAAGAAUGAAAAUUGUACAGAGACAAAACCCUUUAUCUGCUAUGCUCCAUCGAGCUUUAUCCUGAUCAAAGAAAAUAAAACCUGGGAGGAUGCCUUAAAGUACUGCAGAGAUCACUACCAUGACCUGGUCACCAUCACCAGCCUGGAUAAGCAGAGAUGGAUCCAGCAGGAAGCCAAGUUUGCUUCGACGGAUUAUGUCUGGAUGGGACUGCACUACGCCUGCACUCUAGAUUUGUGGUUCUGGAUUAGCGACGAAGUGGUCAGCUGUCAGAACUGGGCCUUAGGGGAACCAGUGGAUGACUGUGACAUGUCUGGAGCCAUGGAGACACGAGGAGAACAUAAGUGGAGGAAAAUAAAUGAUAGUGAGAAGUUUAAUUUUAUCUGUUCGAAGAAUAGGCAAUGAUAGAAGUUGUUCAAGAAGGUUUUCAACCAGAUAAAAGUGAAUCAGCUCUUAUUAUUUGAUAGAAAAUCAAUAAUUAAUACAAUAUUUUUGUAAUGUUAUUUACAAUAUGUAGGCAUUUUGAUUUGAUUUAAUCAUAAUUUGUUUUAGAAUUUUAGAAAUUUCCACUUAUACGUAUUGUUUAACAGGAACUUCUCUAUUUUUCAUAAAGAUCAUUAAAAUAUAACAGACCAACCCAAUAGUCAUGCUAUUUAAAAUCUAUUCGAUCUCACCCUUUUUGGAGCAUCAUCUACUUUUGUUAAAGCAACGGGAAGACAGUUUCUCUUUAUCU